GGCAAGAAUGCAGAAUGAUAUCGAUCAGUUGCAAUAUGAGUUGGCCGUUGUAAAACGGAAACUUGCUUCGAAAGAAGCGACGACGCGUACUGCUAGCCAGCCUGUCAUCCAAUAUAAUGGAAUUGGCCAAGGUAAUACCAUGUCGAGCGCCGAGGAAGACUGGCGAGUGUCCGACCAAUUUCAGGACGACGGCAAUGUUUCCAAUGAGUCCUUUUGCAACAUGACCAUCUGGAUUGAACACCGCAACGGCCAGCCUCACGGACUGCAUGUCAAGCAGCAGCAGCAGCACCAUCACCACAAUGCAAAUUCACAAUUGCAGUAUGAUCCCAUCGCAGGACCGGGAAGACCUGUAGUAAAGUCUGCGACCUCAGGCUCCCAAUUCAACCGUAGUCUAGCUCACCCAGAUGGAGAACGAUCACAGCUGUCUGCGUGCUUUGAUUUCACCUCAGUGAUUUCAUCUUCCACGAGAAACAAUCAACUCCAGUCGUCAAACCAUGACCUGGUAAUCAUUGCCAUGGAAUUUGUCCUCAAGUACGCUCCCCCCCCCUCAUCCUCAACCUCAAUUGAAAGCCAAAUCCACCAUUCCUUCAACGGACAAGGAAACUAA